UCGGAACUCGCCCAGCUCGACGCCUGUCCAGGCAUAUACAUAAACUUUGCAAUUUAUCCGUUUCUGUCCUUCAUUUCGCGAGGAGUUCCUGACUGUGUCUAUGGUUAUGUAGUCAUCGCCGUCCGACCAGAGGAGUGCGAGGUGAUUCGCUCUUUCGGCGUGAUGUGUACGACGACUCCUUGAAAUGUUUUGGCUGUCGAAGGUUUGGCUCCUGGUGGUGCUGGGUGGCGUGCAUGCUGGCUGCCCACACUGCACCACGCCUCCUCCGUCGGCCAUAUUGGAAAUGCCACCCCCUCCACGCCUUCCGUCGUUCCCCAGCUGGACCAUGUGCCACCAGCACGCGUCAUUAAAUGGCUCGGCACACUCCUCCAGCUGGUGGCUUGUGGGGCCAAGCUCAGGUGGAGGAGACAAGGCGUGGCCCCUGGCCGUGGUUCUAGUGGCUGGCUCAGCCACAGUGCUUGGUUCCGUUGUGCUGCUGGUUCUGUCCAAGAAAAAGCGGUGGCAGCCAGGUCGCUCCUCUCCAGGCCACCAUCGAGUGCCUGCGGCCCUGCUUCCUUCCAAGGGCAUCCUGGUGGGAGCCUCCUCCCUGCCAGCCGCAGGUGCCUACGACAACUCGGCCUUCGCGGAAAACGUCACCGUCACGAGCGGCGGCGGUCCACCACGCGCAUCCCUGCUACGCCAGCUGCAACCGCCGUCUCUCGGAGGCUACCGGCAGCUACCCCACCACCACCACGGCCCACUGGUUCAGUAAACAGACAUCGACCACUUUAGGAAGGUCGUGUAACCUCGAUCUGGGGCCAGAUCGAUUUCCCAGCAUUGGCAUUCGUAUUCUAGGGCACACAAAAAUAACUCGGAACUUUUGCGAUUCUUUUUUAGCCUGCUAGAAAACUAUUUUUUUCGGCAGCAUCGUUCAUUAGAUGAGACAAAAAGGCACAGUGCAUCUCUUCUUUAGCCUCGUGCUGAAAGGCCUUACCAGCAAAAUUACUUAUUUUCUAGAUUCCAUGUGAACAAGAAAAGGUGCACUAACGCAUGCAAACGAGGAUGUUCCACCAUGACAAGCACUUGCGUGUCAGGUGAAAAUUCUGUUUUCUGUGCUGGUAAUGUGGGCCAGUCCCAGUGUGGGCGGCACACUGUAGGCUAUGUGCAAAUUGCUCACAGAAUUGGCCCACAGUCCCUGCUGUGGUUGAACGUGAUGAAAAUGCCAUCAUGCCAGUGUACGCUGACAACCAGAGCGCUUGGCGAGGCACACUAGUGGCUUGCAGAAAUUUUUUUAAUUGGUUAUUAUUGCAAAUGUGUCACAAGCUGCACUAUCCAAUGACAUCCUUACAGUCAGCCCCUAAGGACAUGUCAAAACUGUGGCUGGAGGAGCAGUUUCAGCACCAUGUAAUUUUAGUGUCUUGACAUAGACAUCUCUGCAUAGUUAGUGUCUUUUUCUGUAGUGUCUGCCCUACCCAUCAAUGUCAAGGCCAGACUUCUCUGGCCUGCCAGGCUUGGCGUUCCUCAUUCGUUACAUCAAUGCAUUUGCAUAUCUCUGAGAUUUCAACCAUGUUUGGCAUUGUCCACAGCUCCCGAGUAUUGUGCUUUUAUAGCAACAUGCUUCCACACGACACUAUGUUGCUUGGCGGAGCCAAACGUUUUUUAUCAUUAUUAAGCAGAUGUUUGUUUGCACUGUCCUAUAGGCCAGCUUCCUAUGUUAGGCCUGACUCGGAAGAUGCCUGGUGAUCUUUCCUUUGGAGCUGUAAAAAUACUCAUGCCAGGCCUUUGCGAGUUGAAAAAAUGUAUGCCUGUUGCUGUCCAUCAUCCAUUGCAGUAGAGUAUGUGUUAUGGUGCUAGACUGCUGACCUGAAGGUCGCGACUUCAAUCCCGGCCGUGGCGGUCACAUUUUGAUGGAAGUGAAAUGCUAGAGGCCCAUGUACCAUGCGAUGUCAGGGUGCAUUAAAGAAAACCGCAUGGGAGAAAUUUCCGGAGCCCUCAUAAUCAUCUCUCAUAAUGAUCUUGUUGCUUUGGAAUGUGAAACAUCGGAUACUAUUAUUAUUAUUAUUAUUAUUAUUAUUAUUAUUAUUAUUAUUAUUAUUAUUAUUAUUAUUAUUAUUAUGUAGCUGUCUGUGAAAUCUCAUUAACAUUGUUACCCAUGGGAUUUAUACACCCCACAUGAAAAUUUGCAUUUAUUUAAUUUAAAAAUGCAAGAUCAACUUGGAAGCUGUACAGUUCUGUGCAAUAUAUUGCCCACAUGUUUUGCAUUCUUCUUUUAAUUUUAAUGAAGUUUUGCUUUUUACAAUGUUCCUUUUUACAAGGUCUGCUAGUCAUAUCAUUUUGCUGGUGAAUAUCGACCUGUUUCUCAUUUGUUUUCAAAAGCUCUCUAUGGCUAACAUGUGAUCCUUUAGGCUGGAAAAACCAUGUCUGGUCAUAUUUCAUUGUCCUUUAGGUUCUUUUGUGCAUUUUAGAGAACAGUCUACUUAGUUGCCCCUUGUGCCAUUCUAUUGUUAGGUCAGAGACUUACGCUAUGAACUUGCAAUGCCACAUACCAUGAUGAAAAAUUUUCUGAUUGCUGUUGGUGAAUUGUAGGUGACUGUUAGUAAUAAAUGAAGCUACUAAUGCUUCAUUUCAAGAUGACAGAAAGUAAAGGUAGGACAAUAUAAUUGACUCUUCUGGCGAAUUUACUCAUCCUACAGCAUCCUGAUUGAAGGCUUGUUAGUUUGUCUUAGUAUUAAGAUGUCUUAGAGUGUGUGCCAUGCAGGAUUGAUUCGAUGUUGAUAUCUCUGGCACUUAAAUGAAACUGUUAAAGGGACCCUGAAAAGGUUGUAACAAUUUCGUAUGAGUGCAUUAGCUGGUAACGCAAGUCCCAAGGAUGAUUUGCAGACCAAUUUAAGUUUACUAUGUCAAGGCUGUAAUUUGGUAAGAGAUUUAAGCAUGCGAAAUUGCUACCGAUCUUGGCAGCUCAUGUGGAUGAGUUUUCAACUUGUGUACUGCAUUGUUCCUAUCAAGUGUUGUUCCCUUAUAUGCAGCACGGGUGACCAAUCUGAUAUGUCCUGUCUACGUCGCUGAGCCUCUAAUGGGCAGGAAGCGUCGUCUGCCUAUGUUAAAAUAGCCUUCGUGCGUCACAAUAGCUGUGUCACAGUGUUUACCUUGAGGUUUCUUUUCUUGGACGCCAGGAAUUGGUGUAGCAUUGUUGUAUACUGCAAAUUUCUUUUUCUGAUUUUGACGUUUUGUGGCUUUUGUAGUUUACUAAGGAAACUAACGUUGGUGUGCAUAACAUUGUCUGUUUUAAAGUAUUGUUGAAUGCCCAGUGCAAGUACAUUUGCAAAGUCGCCACUUAACAAGUGUCUGUAAGGGGCCGUGCACACCUGGGCACUUUGUAGUGGGUGGGCAUCUUGAAGCCACCAAUUCGUUUCACAUUUCGUAUGUUUUCAUCAUGCCUCGCACUAUGCUGUGGUUGUGACAUAUAAUACUACAUGCGUUAAGCACACUCUUUCAGCUACAUGAUAUUCUUACAGCGUUUCUUUUGUGGAGCCGUUUCAACUACUUGCAUGCCUCCAUGGUAGAACAGCUGCUUGCCACGCAGAAGGCCGGGCUGUGAUUUGCCCUGACACAGAACAUGUUUUAUUGUAUAUUUAAUUUUUGAAAUCUCACUCACUAACAACGAUGCUGACAUCAGAAUUUUUGCGAAAUGAGCUCCUUAAUGCUAUUGUGUUAAUGGAAACGGCUGAUAGUUUUGCACCAGCUGUCGAAGCAGAUCUCAACCACUCUGUGACGCACUUUGUUCCCAGCAACAGCUGCCUCUUGCUCAGCAAGUGAAGAAAAACAGAUCACAGCUCGUAGCUGCCUGCAUGCAAGGUGUGCUGCUUAUGUGCAAUAAUUAGAUCUCUAAAUCCCUUUAAUAAACACAAAGAAGUUUCGACCCUUUGAAUUCUUUGUGGCAGGCAGACUAUCGUAAUUCGAAUUAUAAAUAAGCUGCUGUUGUUACACUGUUUUUGUCAUCAAGCACUAUAGAGCAAACUGUUUGAUCCUAACGGUCAGGAACUCCCUAACUGUGGUGUGGAACUGAAAGUCAAGGCUGGCCACCUUAGUUUUCAAGCUUAGCAGAGAGCACUGUGUAGUCAUUCAGGUAUUUCACACAAUACAAUUCUCCGUGCAGUUGUUUUGAACCCAAGGUUCAUCAUACAGAAGGGCAACUUUGUCGUGGCUAAGUUGGCUAGUGCUGCUUCUUUGUGAGUUGCCAAUGCUCUUGGCAGCUACGUGUGGAUGUCAUGCUUUGUAUACAAGUAUAAAAAUGUGGUUUGAAUGUAAAAUGGAACAGUGGUUACUCAGUCUUGCUUGUCAUUAUGGUUAUACUAAUUUUGUUACCGAUGUUGCUUUUCAGUGCUCCAACUGACAGAAUGCUGCAUUUUCCAAUACAAUGGUAGCUCGCACUUGGCAGCUUGCAUUAAAGAAAAAAGUGGUACACUGUAUGAUGAGCAACUGUUCUCAAUCCUGCAUCUGCAAUUUUUCCUACUGUCGAUGCUAUAUAAUUCGAAUUAUCAUUUCUGAGUAACAUCUGGACAUCCCCUUUGAAAUAUUGUAAAAAAGUGUAGCUUUAUUGUGCACAUGUAUGCAAAUCGCAUAUCGUAUGUUGAAACCUGCAUUAAUUUCCUCCAAGUGUGUGUCUUCUAAUGUGGCCAUGUUCUCCUACUUCACUGAUGCUGCCUAACAAGAACUAACAUCUGGAUGUCCAUAUAAAAGAAAUGAUGAGCAAGUGAUGUUUCUCAGUCAAUGCUAAUGUGGUUGCAGUUAAAAAACAGUGGCACUUCUCACUCGGAGGUUUGUAAACUGUUUUCUGCAAGUGGUCACAGCCAUUAUUUUGCAGUAUAUUGAAACUAGGGCUUGACUGCACUCUUGCAACAAAGGACGACAGAGUCAUCGGCAGCAUAACGGUACAGAGUCGGGGAGCAUGGGAGGGAGAAUGGGCAUGGCUGUUGUCUCCUAACGUUUCUUCCUAAUUUGGCCUGUGUGACCUGCUGCUGAUGUGGUGCUUAUCCAUGCAGGUUAGUGCUUUUAACCCGUGUUACCUUACCUGGAAUAAAAGUAUGCAGCAGUCACAUUGAUAGAAAUGAGGUCGUGGGCAGUCCAUCAACAUAGGCUUUCAUGGGUGACAUUGCUAUUAUGAGCACCUUUUUGCAGGCCAAGUUGCUUGCGACACGGUUAUUUAACACAGGAAGCUCUUUUUUUUUGGGUCGUUGUAGGAACACAAAGUUUCACAUUGCAUUGCAAAUUAGUUCUACUUGCAAGGUGGCUUCAUGCUACAAACGAGUGGCUGUCUUCUUUUCCUUUCUUAAAGUUCCACAUUACAUUCAAUAUUAACGAUCUGCAUGUACAGUAGACUGUCAUUAAACAGAGCCUCGAGGGAUCAGGAGAUUGUAUUAAAGGGACCGACAACUAAUUUUUUUUCUACCUAGUUUUUUCCGGCACGACAGAAAGCUUAUCCUUAGUAGUGUUCAUAGCUGCAGUAGUUUGUCCCAAAAGCGUGUAGUUAUUUUAUAAGCUAUAUUUUCCAAUCUGAAAAGCUCCGAGCACGGCUGUCCCUUAUCGUCCAGCUACACUGAGAAUUAAUAGCGAUGCCAGUAGUCCUUCUAGCGACUUUUGCAUGUUGUCGUUCUGCUUUCGCAGGAGUUCCUGUAACUACGCUUAACCACGUUUGUUCUGAACUUCACAACAAUUUUUGAAAAUAACAAGCCAUUACUUUGAGACGACGUGGCUUUAUACAGCUUCCUUGUAUUUGUACCACGUAGUGUGCACCUGCGCCUAAGGUUGUUGCACAUGUGUCGACGAUGGCUUGUCCUGUCGUCGUCACUUCCUCGACACACAAGCCAAACAUAUGCGUGGCCGUGCCAAUCAGCAGUACACAUCAUUUCUGAGACAAGGUUGUAGGUAAAAGAACCAUAUUGCUCCAGAAUCUUAGCAACCUGGAAACCGCAUGCACGGUUUCAUGAGCGCGCAGAAACGUUGCUCAAAACAGGCUCACGUACAUGAGAUCAUUACGUCACGCGAAGGCAGCGCCACUUCAGUGCAUACUCUUAAUGGAGGCCUAUGUGUACAUUUUCAUGGAGUUAUAUCUCUAACUGCAAAUAAGCGAACACUGUUUCAAUGCUAACAGACCGCAUACGCUAAUCUACGCUCACAUGACAGGUUACGUCAAAUAAUUGAAGUUUCUGCCACCAGAGCACCACAGGCUAUUUUUUGCAGUUCUUAAUGAAGAAAUGAAAGUAUAAGUUCACUUUUCACGAGAAAAACUGUUUUAGUUAGGGACAAUCUUUCUAUCCACACAGUCAUCUCGUUUCAUGUUCUGGGCAGUUGUCGGUCUUUUUAACAGGACUUCCACUUUAUGAGAGGGGAACAAGGCAGCAGAACGAAACUAAUUAUAUUGGAGGCAGUUCCAUUUAAGCAGCAAUAUUAUUGAUGGAGUCUGCUGUGAUGCCUUCUUUUUUUCUGAUCUAGAAGUGUGACUGGGCUAUCAUUUGACAAAGGACGUGCUGCCGAAGUGUGGGACACUUCUCCUCAUGCGAUUGUCAGUUGCCAGCCAGUAGUCCUUCGACACUUUGUUCCGGCGAGGUCAUCAAGACAGACCAAAGUAGAAGUGCUAUUUACUGAAUUGACUCUGUUUUCGUGCUUUGAGUGGUAUUGAAUGCAUGAAGGCCAAAUUAUCCAAACAGCAUAUUUUUUUGUUCAAACUUAGUGGCCUUUACAUAUGCACCUGAAACUUUAUUACAACAGACACUCUAAGGAUCCAAGACACUUCUCUCCUAUAACCAAAGUCUCUUGUAACCGAAAAUUCUUCAUUAGUCGGGCUAGACCACUUUAUCUGUUAGCCUCAAAGUGUAUUUUAAUACAUUUUCAAAAAAGGGCUCAGGGUGGCCUCAAGUGGUCAUGCACAGUAGUUUGCUUUGUGGCAGGUUGUAUUAGCCACCUUGCAAACCUUCAUGUUACCUCUGAACAUAUUCAUUAGCCCCGAUUUCCAACACUUACUUCCCUGCUAUUUGUUCAAAAUUACAGAAUGUUCAGUGCGUUUUCUGGUUGCAAUCGUGCAAGGAAUGACAUCCGGCUGAAGAAAGGAAAAGAAUCGAUUCCAGGGGAAUAAAGAUGGUAGCAUUUUCUCAUUGGUCCAGUCAGCCUUGUUGCAUGAACAUGUCUAGGUUGUGUCCUUGCCUACGUAGUAUAAGCGAAGUUUCUUAUAUGCAGUGUUGUUAACAUGGUGAAUGUAAAAAGCACGAACCAGAUCAUUUUCAAGUGUCUCUUGUAAUAAAUUGUAAUGAGGUCCCUAAGGUGAUUUCACUGAGGAGUGACGUGUAGUUCUUGCCACAACCUUCUUGGUGAUGUUAAAAUGUGGCAAGAAGUUGAAAUAAGCGGGCUUGAGUCAGUAGGAGCCUGAUUUUGAGUGUUCAUUGUGGCCUUAGAGUAAUAAGUGAAGUUUCUGCCUCUGACCAUCUCUGGAAAACUGUCUUAGCUCUGCAUGCUUUCCAGACAAACUUUAGCCACAUGUUUUGCAUGAAAUCAUCUACGUCUCGGUAUGCUUAUUAGCAGUCUGCUUUUAGUUUGAUAUAUUCAGGAUCGACUGUGUAGCCCUUUUAUGAGGCUGUCUGUUUCCUUUUCGAUAAUUGCAUUUUUUUCUAAUGUAGGAAUACAGCAACCUGUGCUGGUGCUAUCUCUUUUCUUUCUCUAAUGAUAUUGUAUAACCCACACUCAUAUGUGCUUUUCCUGUGAUUGUCAUGUGUGUAGCCUGCUCUCACAAAACAGAAUAAUCUGUCAUUCAAGAAAUAAAUGCACUGAAUGCACCGCAA